CUGGGAUGAACCAUUUGUGCAAUCUCCCUCAAAACCACGAACACAGGCAAUGCUUUGCUGCCUCUAGAAAACUUGAAACAGCAUUCUCUUGCAGAAAAACCUCCGUAAGUAGAGCAGCCUUUACAUCCUGUGGAAAACACAGCACUCAGCAGCUAUUAUGAUCCAUUACAGUCCUCGAAAUCCAUUACAAAGACAUAUGUUUAUGUGUUGUGUCUUAGUGUGUGCAUCAACACCUACAUACGCAUGAAAGUCUGUGGUUAUGUAAACAGAUAUAGUAACACUCGCCAUUGUAUUCCAUUAGGAACAAACCAAUGAGAUGUUUGUGAGAGAAAACAGAUGGUCAGUAACCAAGUAGCACUCUGUCUGAAUGAGUGAUGCUUUAUUUACUCGUAUGUCUCAACAUUAUUGACUUUAUGACUUUCUACUGUAGACUGGACAGACUAACAGUGACUUGACAUGGAUACAAAAUAAAAUAAACGUAAGUCACUUGCAUCUUUCCCGCACUAAAUAAGUCUUGUUGGUGCUUACUCUGUGGCUCUUGGUAAGUGGGCAGGGUUGUAUAUUAAUAUAGUUUUAUUGAAACACAAAUGUUUAUGCAGAAAUAAACACAGGAAGCUAAUAUGGUUAUGCUCUCACAGAUGCACUGUUACAUGGGAAAAGGAACUAAAGUUUUGAGCAGAGGGCAGAUAACAAAUAUACAUACCUCAUAUACAUUAAUCCCGAGGUUAAGACAAGGUUACUGUAAUCCAUGUCCAUAUGUGGACAUUCCUCACAGGCGGACAGUUGGAUCGGAGCCAAGGUUGUUCUGACUGUUUGUUUGAGCAAGUGUUAGUGUGAGACAAAGCAAUAGACAGAGUGACUGACAGUGUGAGAAGCAGAUUUCGAUGAUGAAAACGUUUGAAAUGUGUGGUCUCGGUGAGUCAGUCAGAGCAGUUGCCAGAUAUAAAAGGCUGAGAUGUCAUGUGCAUUUGAGAGCUGCACUUCAUACGUUAGUAGCGGUGUUAUCAGUGUUUGCUCUGGAUGAAGUUCAAAGCAGCGAGAUGGUGACAGAAAUGUGUCCACGGAAAACAAAGAAGUGAAGAUUAGGGACGGUGUUCUGGUUUCUGUAGACCCAGAUUUAAUUAAAACCUUUCUUUUCUGUCUUCUCUUCACUGGAUAGUCCAAUUUCUCUUUCUUCUCGUCUUCAUGUGAAGCCAGUGUGUCCACCUCUCUCUCUCUCUCUCUCUCUCUCUCUCUCUCUCUCUCUCUCUCUCUCUCUCUCUCUCUCUCUUUGAGGUGAUAAGUGAGUGGCUCAGGACCAAGUCUGGCAAACGUCCCAAUACCCAUUACAGUGUGUCACCACAGCCAUAGAAGAUGGUGCUGAUGCUGAAGUGAUGCCAUGGAUCACUACCCAUCUACCACACAGACAGAAAGCUGUUCAACAGACAUCACAGACAUUUCAGUAGCAAAUAAUAGUGCUGAUUCGCAGCUCUCAGGUGCAAUGUUUGUGAAGAGGCAAAUAUUGUUCAACCCACUUCUUGCAAGACUUUUUUGCUGAAUGUUGCUGUGAAUGGGAAUGCUGAUGUGGUUACGACACACAAGAGUUAAAAGCUAUGGUUGGUAGGGUUCAGGCCCAGCAAGAACAGCAAACUGUCAAGUUAUUCAGCAGCUAAGAGAGAGGAAAUACUGGUAGACAGAGGGCUCACACACAGAUCUUAAGUCACAUUUGACCAUGGACACAUUCAAACUUUAAUACAAGGGAGCACCCAAACAUUGUAAGUGUACAUACUCAAAAAUAUGAACCAAAGUCUUAUCUAGGUUUUAAAUACAAUAAUAUUUCACAUGAAGCUCAAGCGAUGAUGUUAUCACUUUGUCACCAGUGAAGCACCAGCAAUAAUGUUGUCAAGCGUGAUGCUUGGGGUCUUCCUGUCCUUCCUCAUCCUCCUGACUGUCGGCGGUAAUGUGCUGGUGUGCUUGGCUGUCUGCGCCUCGCGACGCCUCCGCUGCCUCACAAACUGCUUCAUCGUGUCGCUGGCUGUGACAGACUUGCUGCUCGGCCUCCUGGUCCUCCCUUUCUCAGCCCUCAUCCAGCUUAAUGAAGAAUGGCCACUUGGACCCGUCUUUUGCAACUUCUACAUCUCAAUGGAUGUCAUGCUGUGCACCGCCUCCAUCCUCACCCUUCUGGCCAUCAGCGUGGACCGCUACCUGGCUGUGACAAUGCCUCUGAGAUACACCUCGGUGGUGCUGCCAUGGAGAGUUGCUGUAGCCAUGGCCAGCGUCUGGACAGUGUCUGUGGCUGUGUCUUUCUUGCCCAUCCAAAUGGGUUGGAACACUGUUAAUGGGACAGUCCAGAACCAGGGGCCUUGGGCUCCAGAAAAGAGAUGUCGUUUUGAGCUCAACAGACCCUACGUACUGACAGACUCUCUCCUCACUUUCUACCUGCCUCUGAUAGCUAUGUGCUGGACUUACCUACGAAUACUUCGCAUAGCUCGGGCACAGGCCAAACGCAUCAUCAGUGCCCGACCCACUUGCAUCACCACCUACAACUGCAGGAACAAUCCUUCAACCAGCACCACUGUGGUUUCCAGUGUAACAGUGGUGGCAUUCCGGGAGCACAAAGCCACACUGACACUAGCAGCAGUGAUAGGGGCUUUUGUUGUGUGCUGGCUGCCGUAUUUCAUCCUGUUCACAGUGUUGGGCCUGAAGGAGCAUCCAGACCCUAGCACAGUGCCAGCAUUUCCCUUUGUGCUGUGGCUGGGUUACGCCAACUCAGCCUUCAACCCUAUACUCUAUGGAGCCCUUAACAGAGACUUCAGGUCAGCUUACAGCCGUCUACUAAGAUGUCGAUGCCCUACUUUCAGUGUGUGGAGGAGCCGACAACCGUCUCCCAUUGUAACAGGAGUGCCCUUUUCAGCCAGAGAUGAGCUCACGGAGGUGACGCUGCUGUGUGGUCACACUCCUCCCACCUGCAGGGCAGGUCAACCAGAUCAAGACUUCAUGCUUCAAGAAAUGAACAGCAUGACAGCCACGGCAACUGUCCAAAUUGCAAAUGGCACUGCUGCCAUGGAUGUCAAUGGCAACGAAAGGUCGUGCUGAGCCUGUGUCGGUGAGGUGGAUGUUGUGUUCACUGUACUGUGGUUGCAACCAAGAAGCAGAAAUCCAUCAGCCCAAGAAAACAGAGCAGCAGACAAAGACACAGAGAUUUACCGCCCCUCUAUUUGGAAGCCUUCAGUGCCACCGUAGAAGACCCCAUAACACACCAUCAAUCACCUCAUCUAUAAUCUAUAUCUAUAAUGGAAGAACAUCAGACCUCAGCAACUUCUCACAUCAUCAGCAUGAACUGCUCUAGCCAGCCUCAAUCCCAGGUCAGAACAAAUGAUGAGGCUUCUACGUGGAUGGAGCCAAAAGUCUAUUUGUCUGACGGCCAACCAUCAAACAGGGCAACAUGUGGUAAUGCUCUUGAGCUAACUGUUGACAGUUUUGAUGAACUGGAGGACUAAAUGAGACCAGCCGAUUAACUCGUUGGACAUCACUUUCAUGAAUUACACUUUUUAUGGUGACUCAAGAGUGCACCCCAGUGGAAACACAAAGGAUCACGACGUCAACCUGGACAAAUAAAAUGGAAAUGGAUGUUUCACAAAAAAGAGAGAUAGAGACUUUUAUUAAACUUAUCUAUUCAUGUGGACUGUGUUAUAAUGUGUGACAUUUGAAUGUGUGUAAUGCAACCUUACUGUAUGUAAUGUGUCUAUUUUAAAAUGCUGAAUUUGUCUUUGCAGUUGCUCAUUCAGUGGCACAAAGCUGGAAAAUGUGUGUAUUGUAUCAUAUUGUAAAAAAUAACAAAAGACUGAAAAGGGCAUGUGUUCCUCCAAAAAGAGAAAAUUACAACCAUACUGUUCCAAUAAAGAGCUGCUUAAAUAAAUAAUAUAAUAUAGACUACCAUUUCGGAGGCAAUACGGACGGGCUGUUGUUAAGUAUGGAUAGGGAUUAUCAUGUGGGAUGAUACAGGAAACACUGUGUGAGUGUAAAGGAAUACAUGUAGAAUGGAAACAAUUCAUCACAGCUGUCAGCACACAUCGCCUCAAACUAUUGCCACAUUAACACUUAACCUUCUCCAUACUCCAAGCGAUUUCCUUUGAGGACUGACACAGAAGGGUACGUAAUAUCUAUCUGCAUGCCAGGAACCAGACAAAAACAAGUGUUGGGGGGGAUUUACAACCCAUUCAACAUGGAAAUACUUUCGUGGUAUUUAUAACUAGGGUAGUCAUUCCUUAUAUUCAGCUCCACAGAUGUUUUUUUUUUCUUUUUACUUGUAUUGAUCCAGGGUGGUAAGGCUGAGGAUGAACCCUCCAUUAUCGGAACCAGGGGUGUGAUUCCGGAAAUCCGUCCUUUCUGACCUGAAAAUGAGGCUAUAGUCGGGUAUUGUUAAACAUAAUGGCCACUCACCGCUACGUUUUUUAUGCCUCUGAUUCAUGUCUUCAUGUCACUGUGCAAGUAGUCCAUUCAUUAGUCACGAUAGAACUUCAUUCAAAGCAGAGCUCCACCUAAGAUUAUCUGAUGUGUUCUAAGAAUUUUUGACACGUGGGUCAAACUAUUUCUUUUUUAACUGAAGCAGACAACGGGACAAAA